GAUACAUGUGCGGCAUGUGCCAACGAGAAGCAGUCCAAGCAGCUCUUCGUGCCGAAAGCUGAGUGGGACGAACCUAGCGAGAUACAGUUGCUCUUCUCGGAGCCUCUGCAGUGGGAUGACGAUGCUCCUGAUCCCAAGGCUGCGGUCGCCAUCGAUGCCAGUGUGUCUCUUGGUGCCUUGGGUUUGACUCCGGAACAACAGGAGUUGGUGAAGAGCCGAAU